AUGGGUAAGACUCAGAAAAAAAACUCGAAAGGGCGUUUAGAUAGGUAUUAUUAUCUUGCAAAAGAAAAAGGAUAUAGAGCCCGUUCAUCAUUUAAAAUCAUUCAAAUAAAUGAAAAAUUUGGUCAUUUUUUAGAAAAAUCAAAAGUAGUAAUAGAUCUUUGUGCAGCUCCAGGUUCUUGGUGUCAAGUUGCUUCUCAGUUAUGUCCUAUAAACUCAUUAAUUAUAGGAGUUGAUAUUGUACCAAUAAAACCUUUACCUAAUUGUAUAACUUUUCAAAGUGAUAUCACCACUGAGGAUUGUAGGAGUAAGCUUAGGGGUCACAUGAAAACAUGGAAAGCAGAUACUGUAUUACACGAUGGUGCACCGAACGUUGGUUUGGGAUGGGUACAAGAUGCUUUCACUCAAUCACAAUUAACUUUGCAAGCUUUAAAAUUAGCUGUUGAAAACUUAGUGGUGGGUGGAACUUUCGUUACAAAAAUAUUUAGAUCUAGAGAUUAUAACAAUUUAAUGUGGGUUUUUCAACAGUUAUUUGAUAAAGUUGAAGCCACUAAACCUCCAAGUUCUAGAAAUGUAUCAGCAGAAAUUUUUGUUGUUUGUAAAGGAUUCAAAGCUCCAAAAAAAUUAGAUCCAAGGCUAUUGGAUCCGAAAGAAGUAUUUGAAGAAUUAAACGAUGUCAAAGGUAAUGUAAAUAAUGAAGAAAAAGUGUUCAAUCCAGAAAGGAAAAGAAGACAAAGACAAGGUUAUGAGGAAGGUGACUACACGUUAUUUCACACCAUGCCAAUAAUGCAAUUUAUAAAAGAAGAAGACCCAAUAAAUCAACUUGGCCAAUUAAAUAAAUUUGACAUAGACGAAACAGAUCAUGAAUGGAAAAUAAUUAAAAAGUUGAAAACAUAUAAUGAAGAACUUCUGGAAUGUUUGAAAGAUUUGAAAGUUUUAGGUAAAAAGGAAUUCAAACAAAUUUUAAGAUUUAGGAAACAAGCAAGAGAUCUAUUAGGUAUUGAUAAAGAAGAAGAAAAACCGGAAAUUGAAGUUGAGGAACUAACAGAAGAACAAAAAAUCGAUAAAGAAUUGAAUUCAAUGUUGGAUAAACAAAAACAAAAACAGAAAAGACUUAAAAAGACAGCUAAUGAACUAAAGCAAAAGGAAAUUAUUAGAAAUCAAAUGCAAAUGGUUACCGAUAUGAAUAUUGGUAUAGAUGCAGCACAAAUUGGUGCUGAUUCUUUAUUUAAUUUAAAAACGGCGGAAAAAUCAGGAAAAUUGAAUAAAUUGGCUGCUGGUAAAAAAGCAUUGGUUUUCAAUGAUGAAGAUAUUGCAAAGGAUACGGAAAUUCAUAUUGACGAAGAUGUUGUAAGUGGAAGCGAUGACGAUGAACUAGAUGGAUUAGAAGCACAAUUAGAUGACAUGUAUGAACAAUAUCAGAAUAGACGAGCUGAGAAAGAUGCAAAAUAUAAAGCAAAAUUAAACAGAGGUGAUGAUCAAGAAGCAUGGGACGGAAUAGAAGAUGUAGAAAAUUCAAAUAGUGAUGGUGAUGAUGACAUGGUUGAUGGAGAUGAUGAGAGUUCUUCAGAUGAAGAUGACGAUGAGCAUAUCAAAUUGAUCGCUCAAGGUAAUCAAAAUGGGACCUUGACCAAAUCAGCUAGAUCUUUCUUUAAUUCGGAUUCUAUUUUCAAAGAACUUGGUGAUGAAGAAUUAAUCGAAGAGUCUAAACCUAAAGAAUUAAGACUUCAACAACAACAACAGCAACAACAAAAACAAUACUUACAACAACCAACAUCAAAAUCUGAAGAGGUCGAAAUGGAGUCAGACGAAUCUGAUUUCGAGAUUGUUAAAAACGACAACUCUCGAGAUUAUGAUGAGGAUGAAGAUUUGGAGAGCGAAGAUGAAAGCUCCCGCGUAAAAUCAAAUCAAGACAAUGUUGAUCUUACAACUGUUGAAGCUAUGACGCUAGCACAUCAAGUUGCAUUAGGUCAAAUGUCUAAAAAGGAUUUAAUUGAAGAAGGAAUAAAUAGAUACUCGUUUCGAGAUAAAGAAAAUUUGCCAGAAUGGUUUUUAGAUGAUGAAAAAAGACACAGUAAAUUAAUUAAACCAAUAACUAAAGAGGCAAGUUUAGCUAUAAAAGAGAAAAUGAAGCAAUUAAAUGCUAGACCAAUCAAAAAAGUCUUAGAAGCAAAAGGUCGUAAAAAGAUGAGAGCUUUAAAGAGAUUAGAAAAAUUAAAGAAGAAAUCAGAUAUAAUAAAUGAAGAUUCAUCUAAAUCUGAAUAUGAUAAAGCAUCUGAAAUUUCCAAAUUGAUGGCAAAGGCUAAGAAUUCAGGUAAGGACAAACAAAGGAAGAAAAUGACAGUUGUGGUUGCUAGAGGUUCUAAUAGAGGAUUAAGUGGAAGACCAAAAGGUAUAAAAGGUAAAUAUAAAAUGGUGGAUGGUGUUAUGAAGAAUGAACAAAGAGCAUUGAGAAGAAUUGCCAAAAAGCAUAAAAAAUGA